AUGAGGGUCCCCGCUGCCCUCGCAGGCUGGGCUUGUGCCGCUCUCUGCCUGGCAUCCAGCUCCUCUGCCUUUUCCCAUGGGGCCGGCUCGGUGGCCUGUGUGGACAUGCACCCCAAGCACAUUCCAGCCCAGCCUCAGAACCCCAGGACCCACCACAUCACCAUUCUCAGCGGCAGCUCUUCCUACUCACCGGCUGAUUCACUUCCUCUGGCUGUGUGGAGCAGUCGUGAUUUCAUGGGCUUUCUACUUCAGGCCCGAAGAGAGUCUGAUCAUCAGAUAGCUGGCACUUUUGCUUUCACUCCUCCUCAUUCCAAACCGAUGGCUUGUUUUGAAGAGGCUGACACAGUCACCCACGUGGACAAGUCCCGGAAGAGAAAUCUGUCGUUUGCGUGGCGGACCCCCGCCCACGCCGUAGGGGACGUCAGGUUCCUUUUAUCAGUGGUCCAGUCAUAUUUCGUUUACUGGGCAAGGAUUGAAUCACCUGUCGUGUCUCAACAGACACACAGUAGAGCUAGUUCCGACAGCCACGUGGAGCCUGGCUCACCUAUGCCAGCCCCUGGGCAGAGGCCGGAGGGCAUGGAAGGAACCGCCCCAGUGUCUCUGGGCCUCCGCUUGGCCCCCAGGGUCCCCGUCACUCUUCCUCAGCAGCGCACAGAUGUCUCUGCUGUGGCCGUCCCUGGAGCUGCAGAAGAGGACAGCUUAGAUCCUGUUCCUGCCAAUGUUCAGGUGACAGAAUUUCCUGGGGCUGCAGAGACUCCAUUCCAAGCAUCUUCACACAUAGCUGCCGUAGUCAGCGAUGGCCACCAACCCAGCGGGGACAGCACCCCAACCCUGGAACCAUCCCUGGAUGUUCGUGGGCUGGAGAGGUUCAUGGCCAUCAGGGGAUUCUCCUCAGAGAGCUUUGCUUCCAGCCCUAGCACCCACCACGGGACUCAGAAUGAUCCAAGCUUUGAUUCAUUGGAAACUUGCCUACCCUCGGAUAGGGAUGAACAGGACAAGAUGAAGGGCUCAAACAGGACGGUGAAGAGGCCUCCUCUGUACAUGGUCCAUCUUUCCUAUCCUCGCCUCUGGUCCUCUGGGGCACUCACUGGACAUGGGGCCAGGGUGGCCAAUCCAACCCCUGUCCUCCACACCUCUGCCACCUCCAGGCCACCCACUGCCAGUGGCCAGUCAGAGGCAUCAAGACCCUCUGCUAGCUUCCUGCCUCAGUCACAGCACAAGGAGCCCAAAGUGAGCGAGGGCAAUGGAGAGAGUCACGUGGGACACCCCAGGAAGACCAACCCAAGGCCUGAGCUUGGGCAAGAUGAAGCCAGGGCCCCUUUGGGGAUCCAGCUCGGGACUCUGCAGCUGGGAAUCCUGCUUUGCCUUUCGGCUGCUUUGGGCAUGGCUGUGGCUGUUGGCCUUCUCUACCUGCAUACCCAGUCUUGCCACGAGUGGACGGAAGUAUCCUUUAGUGAGCCUGCUGGGGACGCAGCUGCCAGGAGUGACGGAGGCGAGAUCGUGCAUGUCAGGAGGAUUGGGGAGAACAGUUUUGUUUCGGUUGAAGCAGAAUACAACUGGAUCACUCCCGCUGUGGGGAGCAAGAAAACAGUCCUCUGAGAAGGCGUCUCAGUGUCCCCCUUAGACCCUGUAGAGUGUCUCAGCCAGAACAGAGCUACUGAGACUAGCUGAUGAGGAUGGGGAUUCACUGUGCCUCCCAUCAGGGAGCAGUUAGUGGAGGGAGCAGCAAAAGGACAGGUUUAUCAACAGAGGGAAUUAUUUUCCGGCUUUGUUGUCUUAACAUCUGUAAUUUAGCAGCUUUUUUUCUUUCUUUCUUUUUUUUUUUUUUAGCAGCUUUUUUUCUUUUUGCAAUUAGACGUUCUGUUUGAAGACUUAAACUCAACACAAUGAAUAUUGUAUAACCUGCUCGUUAACUAGACUCCCGUGGCCACUGAGCUUCCUCCGUUGCCUUAAGGAACCCACAGAAAUAGAACUUCUGUCCCUCCUCAGCGUGUCAGCCUCAUCGACUCUCUUUGAAAAAAAAGUAGCAUUGAGGUUGAGUCUCUUGCAAGAAAAAGGACUGCAGCCCUCCCUUUGCCUCUUCAAACCACCCCCAAAGAAGUUCUGUUUUCCAAACUGGAGUUCAAAGGUGGCUCUGAUGUCGUUGCCUGGGUGAGUGCAAGGGUAUUCAGCCUUCUUGGACACUCAGAAGCCUGGCAAAUCUGCCAUGGAAAUUGAUCCAAAGCAAGGAAGAGUUUAGAGAGUUUGAUUACCCACAUCUGUGGGAAAACAUACAUGCGGCAGGAGGCCAUAAACACCAGAGAGGGGUAAGCAAGCCUCUUCAUCAGAGGUAAAUGGAUCUGAGAUCGCCCAUCCAUUUACACUUGAUGAAAGAUUUAUGUAUCCCAACGACUAGCAGACAUCUUGCCUUUUGCGAAAGGUCAAUCUGAAAAAAAUGAUGAUACCAACACAGUUUUAAGAAGAGUCUUUACCCAUCUAAGAAAGCAAGAUGGACGAAGACCAUCUACCCGCCCUCGUGACUUCAUGAAGAUCACUUUG